GGCAGGGGAGGGGCAGAGAGAGAGAGGGAGACACAGAAUCCGAGGCAGGCUCCAGGCUCCGAGCUGUCAGCACAGAGCCCUACGUGGGGCUCGAACUCAUGCACUGUGAGAUCGUGACCUGAGCCGAAGUCGGACACUUAACCGACUGAGCCACCCAGGCCCCCCACCGACAUUCUUUAUGUUCCAUUCCCAUGCUUUCAGACUUCUUGCUUCCUCGUGUUUGCAGCGUCACUUUCCAGCCACGUUAUCAACUCCUGGAGGACAAGGAACAUGUUUCCUUAGAACACUGUGGCCAGACAUGUUGCCCCGCACGAGAUGCACAGGCACUUGCAUAGAAGAGAAAUGUCAGCUGGGUGUGUAUUUUGGCUGAGGGUUCUCUCACACAGUCAACAGGGACUCCCAUCACUCUGCCCCUUUUGUGUGCAAAAUGAUUCAUUUGAUAGCCAGUUAAGAAUUUUAAAAUGCAAACUUAAUAAAGAAACCUCUCUCUCUCUCUCUCUCUUUUUUUUUUUUUUUUAAACAAAACAAUUAUAGUCCAAGGAGAAAGAAACUUAGAGCCUUUAUAGACUCAUCUGAUAGCGGAAUACGGGAAGAUAUUAAAUGAUUCACCAGUUGCUUGGUGACUGGUGAAUAAAUGCAUGAUGGAACGUUUAAAAUUUGGCAACGCCUUCCAGAGACUUCAUUAAACGAAUGCGUGCCCGAUAGUACAUCCGCAAGAAUUUCUGGAGAAAUUCUUACUCUGAAAAAUUGAAUGACCUAUAGCUAAACUCCAAUCAGAACUAUGAAUGAAAAUACAUUCCAGGGACCAGAACAGUGACUUCUUUUUAUAGGGGCCCCCCGAUUUGUAACAAUGAGGUUUUUGAGGGAAGUUAGGUGACUAAUUCUUCGCAGCCAGAUAUGAGUUUCAAGAAGGUGCUUACUGCUCCCUACCAAAUGUCUUUGCUCCUUCAAUGUCUUCAGUGUCUCCUGAUCACAGACAUCUCUGUGCUUUUUUAUUUCAGGAGGGUGCGUAGUCUCCAGCCUUUUAUUGGCCAGAUUGAUUUCUCAAAGACAUUGUGGCCUGGCACAGGCCUAACUGCUUGUUAGGCCUGGGGUAUGUUUUAAAUAGUUACAUUCAAUUAUAUUUGUUGCCUUGAAGCAUGAGAGGAAAACGUGCUUGUUUGAGACCACAAGAGCAAGGGGAUUUUUUUUUUUUUUUUUUAUGUUCAAUUGUGGUUAAUCAGUUUUCUGUUCUUCCUGGAGAUAAACUACAUUAAAAAAAAAAAACGGCAAGUGUUUCAGGGUUCUCUCCUAUAAAAGUCGGAGAGGUUAGAAAAGACAGGAGAGAGUCCAAUAUUAAUGAUGUUUUUCGGUCUGAGGGAAAAUACUUAGAAGAGGCAGAAAGCUCAUUGUCUGGAAAAAGUGGUUAAAGACUUUCAAAGACAUUCAUAAAAAUUUGAAUAAGUGGAAUAAUGAAAAGAAGGUGUUCCAUGGAAGAAAUUUCCUUGACAUUACUUUUCAUCUGCUUUGAUACAGUAAUAACCUGAAGGCCAGGGAAUGUUAGCUAACCAGGGUAUUAACAGAAUGUGUUACGCAGAUUUAUCCCUCAUUUUAAGUGAGUGUUGGUUUUUUUUUUUUUUGUCUGAAUAUUUUCUCUAUAUAUGAACUCAUUAUUUAGUACCCUUUUUUUUUUUUAAACUUAGCAUAUUUAAAGAUACAGCUUUGCAGAAAAAGAGAGAAAACUAUACAUAUAAACACACUGAAUUAUCUGUUAAUGUCCUCCAGAGGCCCAGAGUCUGGGAGAAAGAUCAGUCAGGGCUGGAAUAACCCAGGAGAGCUCCCAGGAGGGAAGAGAUCCAAUCUGAACAUCUUUGCAGGGUUGGUAAACCUCCGACAGGAGGGAUUUUAGAUAAGGGUGGUUCACGGUGAGUAAAGAUAAGGCUAAGGCGGAGAUGUUCUCCUCGAUAUUUUAUUUUUAUCUCCUAAAUGCUUUUUCUUGGAACCUAAUUUGUACUUCUUUCCGCAUGUUGUUUUUGUCUUGCUGUUCUCAGCCCUCUGUUUCCAGUGACUCGCUGGAGAUUUCACUGCAGAACAUCCCAAAAGGUCACUUUGCACAUACGUGUCAGUAGCGUAUUUUCAUUGGGGUCACUUACUCUGGCCUAAUCUGCCAGCUGCCUCGGUGGACCCGACGUGAAGAAAGUCUCCACAGUCCUGUCUUCUGCGACCUCCCGGGGGCAGUUCCCCUGUUACUAGGGGCAAAGACGAGACAGGCAGCUGUGGGAGGAAGUGCCCCACAUCCUACCAGCCACUUGUUUGCUCCCACGUGGUUGAAGGUACCUUGGAACGGUUGUCGCUUUUUGGCGCGUUGUUAUCUUUCCCGUUGUACGGACAAGUUGGGUCUUGGGUGGGGUUUGAGAUGGGGGUGCCGCCACCCCCAAAUCCCAGGAGUGCGUGUUCACUUCGAACGCCUGCUCAUAUUUUCUUAUCGGUGUCCCUGUUUCUCCCUCCAUGCCAGCACCCCUUCACAAAACAAUGACGCAUCUCCUUUAAGUGAAGCAGGAACGCGCGCGUGCACACACACACACACACACACACACACACACACACGGUAUUUAGAUCCCGCAUUAUCUGGAAGGACUUAGAAUGUGAUUUUUCUUCCCUGUGGCAUGCUACUGAGUGGCACGAGGCACACGCACACACACACGCGCGCGUGCGCGCACACACACGGUAUUUAGAUCCCGAAUUAUCUGGAAGGACUUAGAAUGUGGCAUGCUACCGAGUGGCACGGGGCCAACACACACCCUCUUAACAGGCCUCUCAGAGCUGGGGAAACAGAAGAGUAAUGAUAAUAGGAGUUACCGAGGUCUCAUUUUUCCUGUUGGGCUUUGGCCGGAGAGCUUGUGAAAGCGUCUUCCAGAAAGCGGGUCUCAGCCCGUGUUUGAAAAAACUUUGUAGCAUCAAUGAACUGAGCCAUGUUCAAAUCCCUGUUAUGCUGAUGCCAGAUGACUUCAAAGCCUAUUCAAAGAUAAAGGUGGACAAUCACCUUUUUAACAAAGAAAACAUGCCGAGCCACUUCAAGUUUAAGGAAUACUGCCCGAUGGUUUUCCGGAACCUGCGGGAGAGGUUUGGCAUCGACGAUCAGGAUUUCCAGAAUUCCUUGACGAGGAGCGCACCCCUUCCCAACGACUCCCAGGCACGCAGCGGGGCUCGAUUCCACACUUCCUAUGACAAGAGAUACAUCAUCAAGACCAUCACAAGUGAAGAUGUGGCCGAAAUGCACAACAUCCUGAAGAAAUACCACCAGUAUAUAGUAGAAUGUCAUGGGAUCACCCUUCUUCCUCAGUUCUUGGGCAUGUACCGGCUUAAUGUGGAUGGAGUGGAAAUAUACGUGAUUGUUACAAGAAAUGUGUUCAGCCACCGUUUAUCUGUAUAUAGGAAAUACGACUUAAAGGGCUCCACGGUGGCUAGAGAAGCUAGCGACAAGGAAAAGGCCAAAGAGCUACCGACCUUAAAGGAUAAUGACUUCAUUAACGAGGGCCAGAAGAUUUAUAUUGACGACAACAACAAAAAGGCCUUCCUGGAAAAACUGAAAAAGGAUGUCGAGUUUCUCGCCCAGUUGAAGCUCAUGGACUACAGCCUGCUGGUGGGAAUCCAUGAUGUGGAGCGAGCCGAGCAGGAGGAGGUGGAGUGUGAGGAGAACGACGGGGAAGAGGAGGGGGAGAGCGACGGCACCCACCCCGUGGGAACCCCUCCGGACAGUCCUGGAAACACGCUCAACAGCUCACCGCCUUUGGCCCCGGGGGAGUUUGAUCCCAACAUUGACGUUUAUGGGAUUAAAUGCCAUGAAAACUCGCCCAGGAAAGAGGUGUACUUUAUGGCAAUUAUUGACAUCUUGACUCAUUAUGAUGCAAAAAAGAAAGCUGCCCACGCUGCAAAAACUGUUAAACAUGGCGCUGGUGCAGAGAUCUCGACCGUGAACCCAGAACAGUAUUCAAAGCGCUUUUUGGACUUUAUUGGCCACAUCUUGACGUAACCUCCCACAUGACCUCGGACGGACAUGAGCAUGGGAAGGACAGAGGUGGCUUCGGCGUAGGAAAAAUGAAAACCAAACUCGGUGAAGCACACCUCCUCGUUUACAUCUUCAGGCCAAGAUGACUGAUUUGGAGGCUACUCGCUUUAACAGCUACCUGAUAUUUCCCAGCAUCGUUCUAGCUAUUUCUGACACGUGUGUGUGUGUGUGUGCGUGUGUGCGCGUGCGUGUCUUAAAAAUUAAUUAAUUAAUAAAAACUGAUCAGCUUCAGUCAGGGUGUGUUUGGGCAACAACCCUCUGAUUCCAGCUGCGGACGAAUGAAUGAAUGAAUGAGCACAUGCGGGGGGAGGGGAUGAAGGAAAUGCAUGUCAGACCAACCAUGUUGGCAUCACACGAUAAACUGUGGAUCAGUUUAUUUUUUGGAGUUGAAAGAUGUGACAGUAUUCAUAAUAAUAAUAAUGAAGAAAAUAAUAAUGAUGAUAAUAAUGAUGGUGAUUAAAAGAAAAAAACUUACUGCGAAUGUUACAUUUCUACCACGCACGCUGACGCUCCUUAACAGCUGUGCCCCGGGCCCCUGGCACCAGGCGGGGGCGUGCCCUGCUUCAGGGUUCCGCCUCCACACGGUGUCCGGGGGCGGGGGGCCCCC